UGAACGCUGAUUGGUCGGCAGGAUCUAUACCUUCCCAAAUACUAUAAACCCAACGGUGUAAUGUGCGGAAGAUAGAAAUUGAGCUCGUUCAGUCCUUUAGAGGUUAAAUUGAGACUGCCCGGCAUUUCUGGUCGGAAUCGAGGACUUUUGCAGCAGCAGCUUGGUAGGGACGGACAUGGCGUCUAUCAGCCCCUGUAUCGUGAUCAGUGAUGAGGAGCAAGGUUAUGACCUGGACCUCUUCUGUAUACCAAAACAUUAUGCAUCUGACUUAGAACGAGUGUAUAUUCCACAUGGACUCAUAAUGGACAGAACCGAACGUCUGGCCAGAGACAUCAUGAAGGACAUGGGUGGGCACCAUAUUGUGGCUCUGUGUGUGCUCAAAGGGGGCUACAAAUUCUUUGCUGACCUACUAGAUUACAUCAAAGCCCUCAAUCGCAACAGUGAUCGUUCCAUUCCACUGACAGUGGACUUUAUUCGCCUCAAGAGUUACCAAAAUGACCAAUCUACAGGUGAAAUCAAAGUAAUUGGUGGAGAUGAUCUGUCCACUCUCACAGGGAAGAACGUCUUGAUUGUUGAGGACAUAAUUGAUACCGGGAAGACAAUGAAGACCCUGUUAGAACUUCUCAAGCAAUAUAAUCCAAAAAUGGUAAAAGUGGCCAGUUUGCUUGUGAAGAGGACACCAAGGAGUGUUGGCUACAGACCAGACUUUGUAGGAUUUGAGGUUCCUGACAAAUUUGUGGUUGGAUAUGCUCUUGAUUACAAUGAGUACUUCAGGGAUUUAAAUCACAUCUGUGUCAUCAGUGAAACAGGAAAGGAGAAGUACAAAGCAUGAGAAACCCUGAACUUCCCCCUCUAGCUGUAUAUCACUUGUUUUUUUUUAAAAAAAUCACUUGUUUUUCAUUUUAUGUCCAUUUUGUAGUUUUCAGUAAUGCAGCUCACCACAACUAAGCAGGUCCUCCAAUCAGGGUCUCUGGUGCAGUGUGUGCUGUUAAUGCACCUUAUAUUUGAAUUUGUUUAUACCUCCACAAGCCACCUGCUAUCAAACACACAGUAACUGCAAAGUUCAGUCUUGAGAAUAGUAGUCUUAAGACUGCUGCUCUGUGUUCCUUAGAAUGAGUGUUUUAAACAACCAUUUAAUAAACAAUUGGGUAAGGGCCAAAAUUCCUUGAAUUAUAAACAAGGAUGCAAACUCAUGAGAGAUGGAAAAAGGUGAGAAAGUCAUAGCAGGUGUUCCAGGGGUAUAUUCUUAAUGAUUAUGUAUUUCAAGCUUUAAGUGUUUAAGCUUAAAGCACCCAUUUCAAGUGAUUUUAAUAAGUAAAAAAUUUAAAAAUGUUACCAAAUAUUUUGGACAAAUUAACUUAAAAAAAAAAAAAAAAGGUCACUAGAUGAAAGGUUAGUAGUUUGCAUCCUUGUAUAUAGAUUUGUGUAAAAUAAUGGAUGGGUGUUUAAAAAUUAGAUUUAUAUAGAUAAAACAAUAUUGAGUUUCAGGUUAUCUUGCUUUGCUAUUCAGUAUUUUAAAGAACACACAAUUCUUGUUUGCUCAGAUGGCUAAGGGAGAACAUUAAUAUUUCCCAAAGACUAUUUGCAGUGUACUGCAUUAUGAAUUGCCACUGUAAUAAUCACCCUGUCAAUAAUUAUUAAUAUCAGUGAUUGAAUGCUAUUACAUGUGAAUGUAUCUACAAAGGCGAAGUGCAACAUGAUUUUCCAACCUCAUUUUAAACCUAUUGACACUUUAAAGCCAAAUAUCACAUCCUCAUGUUUUUAUUUAUUUUUCUUUUUUUCUGUUUUGUAAUUUUGUUAAUUUUGCCUGCAAAGAUAUUUAUUUGUGUCCAAUUACUAAAUUUCUGGUUCAUAAUUAUAUAAAUGAAAUUAAAAGAAAAAAUAAUGGUGCCUUAUAUGGUAAGUUGCAUGACCACUUGUGCUACCAUAUAAAUACUGUAAUGAAGAGACUGAUCACAAUGAAAAAAUAAUGUUGUGACCUUACCAUUGUUCAACAGCCUGUCAGCUUGCAACUUUCUGAUUAAAUUAUUCAAAGUAUUUUUGAGUGUUCUCCCAAA